CGCGCGACAACGAACACACCAUGAGAAUAUUGGCUUCUUUCGUGGCGUUGCUGCUGAGGGCUCAAGGAGUUGCCGCGGUCAAAAGGAUCCAAGGCUCGUUAAAUGUGCAUCUGGUGUGCCACACCCAUGAUGAUGCCGGCUGGUUGAAGGCCCGUCAAGAGAGAAUAGCACAAGAGACCGGUGAAUCACCCCACCCCUCCCCCUCUCGCUCUCCGUUCCGAAAGACGGUGGACCAGUACUUCUACGGCGCCAACAACACCAUCGCACACGCAGGAGUGCAGUACAUUCUGGACAGCGUCGUGAGCGCUUUGGAGGAGGAUCCGGAGAGGAAGUUCGUGUACGCGGAACAGGCCUUCUUGUGGCGGUGGUGGCGGCAACAGGCGAGAGGAGGAAAAGCGUCCGUGCGGCACCUGGUGUCGCAGGGACGGCUGUCCUUCAUCAACGGGGGAUGGGUGAUGCACGACGAGGCCGCGGCGCAUUACGUGGGCAUGUUGGACCAGACCCACCUCGGACACUCCUUCCUGAGGGAAGAGUUCGGGGAGGAGGCGUUGCCCAGGGCGGGAUUCGAUGCCCUUUACUUUGGUCGAAUUGACUAUCAGGACCGGGAGAAGCGGAUAGCCGAGAAGGAUAUGGAGAUGAUGUGGAGGGCCAGUCGGUCGUCCGAACAGGACGCCCAGAUUUUCACAGGAGUGUUUCACAGCGGAAAUUACGGCCCACCGGUAGGUUUUUGCUUCGACCAGGCAUGCCAGGACGAGCCCAUGAUGGACGACCCCCUGAUGGCGGACUACAACGUCGAGAGAAGAGCCUCCGACUUUGCUGAUGCCUGCCAGGAGUUAGGUCGAAACACUCUUGGAGACGACGUGAUGCUGCAGAUGGGCGGCGACUUCGGCUUCGAGAACGCCGACGCUUGGUUCAAGAACCUCGAGAUCCUCAUGGCGGCGGUCAACAAAGAGGGACGGGUCAACGUGUUUUUCUCGACUCCGCAGCUGUACACGGAAGCGAAGCACGCCUCCGGGCUGGAGCUCUCCGUCAAGAAGGACGACUUUUUCCCGUACGCCGACUGCCCGGUUCGUGUGGCGAUGCUGGUUGAGAGCUGUCGUCGCUGCCAACAUUCCUCGUGCUGGAAGAAGCUCGAAUCAGGAGCAAACAUUCGACAGCACUGCUACUGGACGGGCUACUUCACUAGUCGGCCUGGGCUGAAACGGCUCGAGCGCGUGACGAGCGGCUACCUGCAGGCCGCGCGGCAGCUCCUAGCCCUGGCGGGUGCAGCAGGAAGCGGAGGAGGAGGAAGGAAUAACGCCGCAGGCACAGAUCGUGAAACCCUGGCAGCUUUCGAGAGGGCGCAAGCGCUACUUCAGCACCACGAUGGCGUGUCGGGCACCAGCAAGCAGCACGUGGCUGACGACUACGCCAAGCGGCUGGACCGCUCCAGGGUGAAGGUCGAGGCCUUGGUGUCCUCCGCUCUCAGCCGUCUUGCGUUCGGCGGCAACGGCGGGCAACAGCAGCAGGGGAGGAUAGGGCUGGAGGACGGGGAGCGUGAUGAGGACACGGGCCUCCCGCAGCUGAGACAGUGCCGGUUGGCCAACGUCAGCACAUGCGACGUCACCAUGGAGGCGGAAGAUUCGUUCGUGGUGGUGGCUUACAACCCGUUGGCCCAGCGCCGCACGGGGUACGUGGAUGUGCCCAUAUCCUGGCCGGCAGUGGCCGUCACCGAUGACGCCGGCACGAAAGUCGAAGCUCAAGUCGUGCCUUUCCGACACAGCAACCUACUCCCGUCCCUCGGCGUUCAUGGAGACCUGGGUGGGGAAGGGAGGGGGCAGGGGCAGUGGCCGGGUCAGCACCCGUACACAUUGGUGCUUCCGGUGGGGUUGUUCGGACCGUUGGAAGCUAGAGCGUUUCAUGUUGCCAAGAAGACGCUCAAAUAUGGCGAUGACGACGUCAGGCUUAGGGGCGAUGCAAAGUCAGCAGUAGGGGGAGGAGAGCGGCACGUUCCUGAGCAAAGCACCGAGGCAGAGGGAGGGCGGCUGCUGCAGGGGCAAGAGGAGAGACUAGCUGCGGCAGGGUUAGCAUCCGACGGCACCACGCCGAAGACAGGUAACGACGCGUGGGAGCAAGAGCCCCUAGGCUUGCCGGGGAGGGCUGGAGCGCAGGACUUCAGCAUCAGCAGCGAUCGAGUCACCCUGACCUUCAACGGCACGACCGGCCGGCUCUCCAGAAUGGAAACCCACACGGAAGCCGCCGCCGGCGUGGAGGGGUCGGAGGUGCUGGGGGGCACCAUGCUUGACGUCGACCAGGGGUGGUUCUACUACCCUACCUUUGACGGCGGGAGCAAUAACGCCGCGGGAGGUGAUCGUGGAAACCCGGGAGAGGGGAAACGAGGACUGUCGGCAGCAGCAGAGGCUUCGAGGCUGCACGGGGAGCUUCGGGAGAGGCUGGACGCGCCGCAAGAUCAGCAGAAGGGUGGGGCAUAUAUAUUUAGGCCCCAGGGGGCGGCGGGUCAGGCGGGCCGGGCAGGGGCGACGCCGGUGGGAGCAGGCGCACAGGGGGGGGUGGGGCAGGAGGAGGGGCGUAUGGUGAAGGAGUGGUGGGUGGAGGAAGGCCCGGUCGUGUCGGAGGUGCACCAGGUGUUCUCAGACUGGGUAACACAGACAGUACGCCUCCGGCGCGGCCAGGCGUACGCCGAGGUUGACUGGGCGGUGGGGCCUGUCCCCGUGGGCUCUUCUUCCUCUUCCCCGCCGUCUUCCGACUCUGCCACAGGUNGUGCCGCGGGCAAGGAAGUGAUAUCUCGCUUCUGGGCGCCGUCGCUAGCCUCCAAGGGCACCUUCUACACGGACUCCAACGGUCGAGAGUUCCAGAGGCGUGUCCGCAACGAGCGGCCGACUUGGGACCUCGACGUCACCCAGCCGGUGGCGGGGAACUACUACCCGGCCACCACGGCCGUUUUCUUGAGGGAUGAGGGGGACGACGGCGGCGACGAGGAUGAGAUGCAGCUGUCGGUCUUGACGGACCGUGCCCAAGGGGUCUCCUCUCUCGCGGACGGGGAGCUGGAGCUCAUGGCGCACCGCCGGCUUCUAACGGACGACCAGCGGGGCGUUGGCGAAGCCCUUAAUGAGACGACUGGCGGUAUGACCCACUUCCCUGACUGGAAGCGCGAGGGAGACGGCCAGGUGUUCCGAGGGACGCACUACCUUGUGAUAUCCAAGAAAAGGGACGGGAUGAAGGCCGUCCGCUCCCUCAUGGACGAGGCAAGGCAGGUUUUCAGCCCAUUCCUCCCGGCGUUCGGAGACGAAGCCGGGCGUGCCGACGGAUAUCCCUUGCCACCCCAAGGCGGCACAGUGGGCGAGAGCGCUGCAACAACAACAGGGGGAGCAGCGACGUCAACAGCAACGUCGCACGCAACGGAAGCAGAAGAGGUGGUAGUGACUUCCGCGACAACAACGGCAGCGUCAAGAAGAUCACUGAGAGAGACGGACACGAAAGACACCGCACGUCCUCUCGGUGGAGGCCUCUUGCGGCGCGCCCUCCCCGCCAACGUAGGGUUGAUGACGCUCAUGCGGGUGUCGAACGAAGAAGAUGAAGAAGAAGAAGGUCGGGGGCACCAUGGCGGCGGCGGGGCGGGUGGGGGGGGCAACCAGGCGCGAGGGCUCGGCGAUCUCACCCUCCUGGUUCGCCUGGCCCACCGCUACGCCAAGGGGGAAGACGCGGUUCUUUCUCUUCCUGCUUCGGUGGACUUGUCGCGGCUCGUCCUCGGACACACCCUCGUAAAGGCCACCGAGAUCGCGCUCACCGGAGGCGGUGCACUCUCCUCCCGCACGCAGAGGCUUAAGUGGACGUCAGCGACAACGAUGACUGCUGGCGGAGAGGAAGAGUCCGUGUUGGCUGAAGAAGGCGGCGGCGAUGAACCGCCUCAUGUGGACAGGCUUCUUGGUGUUGGCAGCGACGGGAAGUGGACGGCUACCCUCGGCCCGAUGGAGAUAAAAACCUACCGCCUUUCGCUCGUCCCCGAGGCGUGAGAUGCAAGACAUGAUUUACAUGUGCGGUUCAUUUGCGUAGUGUAGUUUUCAAUGUAGAAGUACGUGUUGGUCAUGUGGACUCUCCAUGAACGGGCAACACCAGCUUGGGUUACGGGACGCACAUCAAGCGGAUGAAAUGGUGCUAUGUUUGCGUAAACGGCUACCCGCCACACAGUCGACGUACAGGAUUUUUUGUCUGAAUUUAGCUCUCCUAUGUUUUCACACGCAGCUGUAACGGAAAGAGUCUCUUCGUUCCAAGGUCUUCGACAGGCGUUCAAGAGAAUGGCUAAUUGGAAAUUUCGAAGUUCACGUACAAAGACGCCGCCAAAAUAGCUGUCUAGACUACAUUACACAUACAUGCUUCGAUAUAUUUUUGCUGAUGGUACACGGGACGCAGCCCGUAACUACCGGGACAGAGAGGCAGGAGGUGUUUCGGUUAAAACGGGUGGGCAGAGUGUAUGAUGUGUGUUGAUGCCCAGACGUCUUCGAGGUCGUAGAGGGGCAGGGAAGGGGGCUACUUUGCAAGUGUGAGCUUUGACAGCAGUACCUAUGCUUCGUUGUUUCGUGUGUGUAUCUAACCAUGAUCCUGCUUCACGAACACUUCGAAGUAUGAAGGUAGACAGACGUGGUUGAUGUCGGGGCCUCUCCUUUUCUCACAACCCUAAGCCGGGAAGUCGUGGAACACUGUUUGCUCAACUGGCACGAAAACUUUGGUGAAAGUAAUCAUGACAAUGGUUCGAACACUACCGACACACUACCGCAGGUCUGGCUACAACGUAGUGUGCGAAGCAUGCUUCCGCUAGUUUCGACUGUUUUUCUUGGGGACCCUCUACAGCCGAAGUAUGUAUUUUUUUAGAGGGGGAGUCAGGCAGCUGGCGAAGCAAGAGCGGCAGAUCAAGUGUUGUCUGUCCGUGAGCACAAUCGGCAUGACUCAGCGAUAGAUACCUUUUGCUUACACGUACAAGAAAGGGUAGUUUCGU